CCCUGUCCCCGGAUGCACUUUUAUAUCCGGAUUCUCCGAGCAAUUCUGAGCUCCACGGUUCCCGACGCUGUCGGCACAUGCGCGACGGCCCUGCUCCUUCUUCCUCCUCCUCCAGUGGCUUCCACCGUCCGGGUGGCCACCGCCACCGCCGCCCAGGAGUCAGGAAGUUCAAGAUGGCCGCCGCGGAGGCUCAGUCGCUGCGGGAACAGCCAGAGAUGGAAGAUGCUGAUAAUUCUGAAAAGAGUGUAAAUGAAGAAAAUGGAGAGGUAUCAGAAGACCAAUCUCAAAAUAAGCACAGUCGUCACAAAAAAAAGAAGCAUAAACACAGAAGUAAACAUAAGAAACAUAAACAUUCUUCAGAAGAAGACAAGGAUAAAAAACAUAAACAUAAGCAUAAACAUAAGAAACACAAAAGAAAAGAGGUUAUUGAUGCUUCUGACAAAGAAGGUAUGUCUCCAGCAAAAAGAACUAAACUUGAUGAUUUAGCUUUGCUGGAAGACUUGGAGAAACAGAGGGCCUUGAUUAAAGCUGAACUUGAUAAUGAGUUAAUGGAAGGAAAGGUCCAGUCUGGGAUGGGGCUCAUAUUACAAGGUUAUGAGUCUGGCUCUGAAGAAGAGGGGGAGAUUCAUGAAAAGGCACGAAAUGGAAAUAGGUCUAGUACUAGAUCUUCAAGUACGAAGGGGAAACUUGAACUUAUGGACAAUAAAAAUAGUACAAAAAAACGAAGUAAAAGCAGAUCCAAAGAACGGACUAGACAUAGGUCUGAUAAAAAGAAAAGUAAGGGAGGUGUUGAAAUAGUUAAAGAGAAGGCAACGAGGAGCAAGUCAAAGGAGAGGAAAAAGUCCAAAAGUCCCUCCAAAAGAAGUAAAUCUCAAGAUCAAGCAAGAAAGUCAAAGUCUCCUACCCUUAGAAGGCGGUCUCAAGAGAAAAUUGGGAAGGCCAGAUCUCCUGCUGAUGACAAGGUUAAAAUUGAAGAUAAAAAUAAGUCAAAAGACAGGAAAAAAUCCCCAAUCAUAAAUGAAAGUAGAAGUCGCGAUCGAGGCAAAAAAUCUAGAUCCCCAAUUGACUUGAGAGGUAAAUCCAAAGACAGAAGGUCACGGUCCAAAGAGAGGAAAUCGAAACGGUCUGAAACUGAUAAAGAGAAGAAGCCAAUUAAAUCUCCCUCUAAAGAUGCUUCCUCUGGGAAAGAAAAUAGGUCACCCAGUAGAAGACCUGGUCGUAGUCCCAAAAGAAGAAGUUUGUCUCCGAAACAACGUGAUAAGUCAAGAAGAAGUCGAUCUCCACUCUUAAAUGAUAGAAGGUCUAAGCAAAGCAAGUCACCUUCUCGAACUCUGUCUCCUGGUAGGAGAGCCAAGAGCCGAUCCUUGGAAAGAAAACGCAGGGAGCCUGAACGGAGACGCCUUUCUUCGCCAAGAACACGACCUCGAGAUGACAUCCUCAGUAGGCGGGAAAGGUCAAAAGAUGCCAGCCCAAUCAGUAGGUGGUCUCCAGCCCGAAGAAGAGCCAGUAGAUCUCCUGUUAGGAGGAGGUCCCGCUCCCCCCUCAGACGGAGCCGAUCUCCCAGAAGAAGAAGCCGGUCUCCUCGGAGAAGGGACAGAGGUCGAAGGAGCAGAUCACGCCUGAGAAGGCGGUCUCGGUCACGGGGUGGUCGUAGACGUAGGAGCAGAAGCAAAGUAAAGGAAGAUAAAUUUAAAGGAAGUCUUUCUGAAGGAAUGAAAGUUGAGCAGGAAUCUUCAUCUGAUGAUAACCUUGAAGACUUUGAUGUUGAGGAGGAAGAUGAAGAAGCCUUGAUAGAACAGAGAAGAAUACAAAGGCAGGCCAUUGUUCAGAAAUACAAAUACCUUGCUGAGGACAGCAACAUGUCCGUGCCGUCUGAGCCCAGCAGCCCCCAGAGCAGCACUCGCACCCGCUCUCCCUCUCCUGAGGACAUUCUGGAAAGGGUAGCUGCUGACGUCAAGGAGUAUGAACGGGAGAAUGUUGAUACGUUUGAGGCCUCAGUCAAAGCCAAGCAUAAUCUCAUGACAGUCGAACAGAAUAAUGGUUCAUCUCAGAAGAAGCUGUUGGCACCCGAUAUGUUUACAGAAUCUGAUGAUAUGUUUGCUGCGUAUUUUGACAGUGCGCGUCUGCGGGCUGCUGGCAUUGGAAAAGAUUUCAAAGAGAAUCCCAACCUCAGGGAUAACUGGACUGAUGCAGAAGGCUAUUAUCGUGUGAACAUAGGUGAAGUCCUGGAUAAGCGUUAUAACGUGUAUGGCUACACGGGUCAAGGCGUGUUCAGUAACGUGGUCCGAGCCAGGGAUAAUGCGAGGGCCAACCAGGAGGUGGCCGUGAAGAUCAUUAGGAACAACGAGCUCAUGCAAAAAACUGGUUUAAAAGAAUUAGAAUUCUUGAAAAAACUGAACGAUGCUGAUCCUGAUGACAAAUUUCAUUGUUUGCGACUCUUCAGACACUUCUAUCACAAACAGCAUCUCUGCCUCGUGUUUGAGCCUCUGAGUAUGAAUUUACGAGAGGUGUUAAAAAAAUAUGGUAAGGAUGUUGGCCUUCAUAUUAAGGCUGUACGAUCCUAUAGUCAGCAGUUGUUCUUGGCACUAAAACUCCUUAAAAGAUGCAAUAUCCUCCAUGCAGAUAUCAAGCCAGACAAUAUCUUGGUUAAUGAAUCAAAAACUAUUUUAAAGCUCUGCGACUUCGGGUCGGCUUCACAUGUUGCGGAUAAUGACAUAACGCCUUACCUUGUCAGUAGAUUUUAUCGCGCUCCUGAAAUCAUUAUAGGUAAAAGCUAUGACUAUGGUAUAGAUAUGUGGUCCGUAGGCUGCACCUUGUAUGAACUCUAUACUGGAAAGAUUUUAUUUCCUGGCAAAACCAAUAAUCAUAUGUUGAAGCUCGCCAUGGAUCUCAAAGGAAAGAUGCCAAAUAAGAUGAUUCGGAAAGGCGUAUUUAAAGACCAACAUUUUGAUCAAAACCUCAACUUCAUGUACAUAGAAGUUGAUAAAGUAACAGAGAGGGAGAAAGUUACUGUCAUGAGCACCAUUAAUCCAACUAAGGACCUGUUGGCUGACUUGAUUGGGUGCCAGCGACUUCCUGAAGACCAGCGUAAAAAAGUGCACCAGCUGAAGGACUUGUUGGACCAGAUCCUAAUGUUGGACCCAGCUAAACGGAUUAGCAUCAACCAGGCCCUGCAGCACGCCUUCAUCCAGGAGAAGAUUUAAACGAGAUGAAGACGCUCCAAGGGUUUGAGUAAUUAAAUACAAAGACUGAAGAAAUUUCACAGCAGUUUAUUAAUGUAUAUAAACUUAUAAAUAUUUCUCCAGCAAAUUUGAGGAAGCAUGAUAUAUUUGAAUUAACACCAAGGGUGAUAUUUCUUUUAGAAAUGCUAGUUCAUCUGUUUUGUGUCUUAUGUGGAAUUUCACUGUAGAAAUGUUUCAAUUGCCAAGACUGCACAGCAUUACAGUGCUAAUGUAAACGGUUGCAGUUCUCAUAAAAGACAGAGGCACCUGUUAUCAAAUGAGUAGUAAUACUGGGUGGUUGAUUUAUUUUUAGCAAACUUGGCUUCAUUUUGGUCUUCAGAUAAAAUGGCCAGCAUAAAUGCUGUUUAUAUUCACGUUUUCCUAGGUGUGUGUGUGCAGGCCACAGCAGCAUGCCCUGGGUGUAGUCAGUGCCGAAAGGGGUCUGUUCCUUCUUGAGCCUGCCUGCAGGGAUGGUCUCCUCUUUUAAAGCAGGUUGUGUACAACAUUCAGUACACUGAAGGUAAGCUAAACCAUCAACAUCACUGGUGUUUUAAGAUGUUAUUUUAUUGGAACAAUUGACAAAUGAGGGAUAUUAGCGUUGUGGCAGAAUUCCCUGCAUGUGUGAUAACUGAUCUUGUUUUAUUUUUUGGCAUUGCAACUGUGGCAUAGUUACAAUUUCUGUUCUGUUCAUCACAUUUAAAAUUUGAAGAGUAUGCGCUUGAUGGAUAGAGCGCCUUCAGUGUACUGUUUCUUAUUAACUUUAAUUUUUUUAAAAUCAACUUGCUAUAGACUUUAUAUACAUUUUGUUAAAUACAGUUCCUAGUGACAUAGAAACAAUGCGUAGUUUUCAUUUACUAAUAACAAAUGUUGAGGCCUAAUUCUGGAAGUCCUCAUAUUUAAAAGUUAGAUAGACAACAUAAUGAAAUUUUUAACUAUUUGUAUGUCAUUUUGAAAGUGUACUGCUUUAUGGUAAAAGUGUUUUUCAUUUGUUCAUUGUUUUCAUUAUUUGUGAUCAUGUUGUCUUUCAAUACAGGCAUAAACCUUCCACUCUUGAACAAAGCAGCUGCUUUUUAAAAGCGGUAAUUGCUUCUUUACCUUUUAUUUCUUUUGUAAAUGAAGCUUUUCUUUAAGAAUGUGACUUUAAAGUGUUGUCUAUUGCAUAAAACAGUUGACACUCACUUAUUGUAAAGUGAAGAUUGUUCUACUGCAUGUGACGUGGACCAUGCAGAUUUCUGUAUGUUCUCAGUAUGCAUCACUAGGUAAUAAAGUCUUUUGUGAACAAGGCAUUUGUAGCCAUUUUUAAAAGUUUUUGUCUUCAGUGCUGGUAAGUCAGAUAAACGAUAUAGAGUUAAAAGCAACCUUGCGUUUCUUCCUUUAAGUCUUUAACUGAAAGAAUUAUUUGUUAAAGAUGUAAACCUACCCAGAAGUUUAUCAUUUUAUUAAUAAUUAGGAUCCUAAUUAUUUCAUCAAAAAAUUCUACCAGUAUUGUCAGCUUUCAGUGUAGUGAGGUAAUUCCUGUAGGUUAUGGGGUAUAAUUCAGGAUUUAACUAAUGUUUCUGCUAUUUUCUCACUUUUCCUUCUGAUGGUGCGGAAAGAGAAAAAGGAAAACGGGGCACAGGCCACUCACCGCCUUCUCCAAGGGGUCUGAUUUGCUGAGACACCAGCUUCACCUUCUUAACAAGGUUAUUUCUGACAGCAUGUGUAGAUAAACAUUUAGCAACAAUUUAAAACAAAAUCAUGUAAAUCGGUUUGGUUUUGCAACAUGAAGAAAUUAGUGUUUUUUAACAUGAUAGCAGAGAAUUUUCAGAAAUGUAUGUAAUCUUUUCUGUUUGGGUGGUAAAAUUAAUGCUUGUCUCCCUGAGGAAUGUGGAAAAUAAUCAGAUUUUAGGGGUUUAAAUAAUAUUUUAAAAUUGUAAAUGGGAUUUUUUUAUUCACCCAGGCACCUAAUUACAACAAGCAUGCACAUUUUGGUGCAUUCAAGAAUGGAAAAUCAGAGUAGCAGCAUUCUUCUGGUGGGUUUUGCUCCAUUUAAAGGCAUGAAAUGAACUACAGCCAGGAAGGUGAUAGAUGAUACGAUAGGCCAGCUUUGACUCUGUACCCCCGUCUCCUCGUGGUUUAGACGUAAACUGACGUAAAUGCCAGGUGGUGCUCGUCCUCAGGUGGUGACGCCCUGUAAACAAGGCGUCACAGGUGCAGCUUUCCUACCUGAAUGAAACGGGUAGUGAUUUUCCCACCACUGUUUACUUUGGUGAUAAUAUGCUGCAUAGUCAAGUCUUUCCUAGUUUUUUUCACUCAAAAUAUUGAUAGUUAACGUUUGUAUGUUUCUGGUGAUUUUCAUGGCUUCAUUUUAUAUACUUAUUUAAGUAAGUUAACUUCCACUAGAGACAGUUCAUCUUAUGCCUUCAAAACUGUUACGUGUUCUUUAAAAAACAAAGUUGCUUGUUACUUGUUCUUUGUGUUUUAGGUGCAGCUCAGUGGAAGAUGAUGACAGCGGAAGACAUGAGCUAAGGGUAAGGGACUGUUCUUCUGAAGAAUCUUUCCAUUUAGUGAUCAAGAUAUGGAAGCUCAUCUCUGAAAAUACUUGACAUGUAUCCUAAUUAUUCCCAGUGUCAUUUGAAUUGUAACUUGCAUUUCAGCAGCAAUGUUCCCAGUUGACUUAUUAGGAAAAUGUAAUAAAAUGUGCCUCUUGUUACCA